AGUGUAAUGUGCUGCUCCGCGGAUGUCAGGGAGACGAGACGGCAUGGCGCGCGCCGCUGCCUGACGCACGACUGCCGCGUUGAUCACUGACGCGACCCGGGAGACGAGCUCCUCUCAGCCCCUCCGACACGCCCCGCCCUGUUCACGCCGUCCAGUUCACGCCCUCGUCACUCCGCGAGCAGGUGUCUGUGUCCGUCACGCGAGCGGCCCAGUGAAGGACGACCGGGUUAUAUAAAGGCGGCGAGUGUCCAUGUGGAGAGUGUAGUGUGGCGUGGCGAGUGGUGGCGAGCGGCGCGGUGUGAGGCUGUGUGAGGCUGUCAGGCCCUGUCUGCUGCUGCUGCUGUAUUAGUGCUGCUGCUGCCGUGCUUGUCUGUCACGUCCCCACAGCAUCCAUCCAUCCAUCGGUCUGGGAAGCAUCACUACACGCGCACGCACACACGCACGCACCUCGCCGGCACCUGUCAACACACGUUGGCGGCAUGGCGUCUGAGCCCACCAGCCCCACCACGCCCUCCUCACCCACUGACGACUCGGAGGCGACCAAGGAGUGGUUGGAGACGAUCCUGGAGGGCUACCACAAGUCCCUGGAGCCUGAUGCGGACCCUGACGUGGAGCUCGGGGAGUGGAGCGUGAAGCCAGCCAAUGAUGAGCGCGAGGGGUACCUGUCGGAGCAGCUUGCCCUGGGCGUCACCUACACAGCCGCCGGCCGCCCCUACCACGCCCACCUCCUGGCCAAGCUGCUGCCACAAGAUCCCUUCAACCGGGCCUUCGUCAUCGAGUCUCUCUUCGACCUUCGGGAGAUUAAGUUCUACAAGGAGAUCAAGCCAGCGGUGGAAGCGGUGGAGCGCAAGUACCUGACGGAGGAGGACCUGGAGAGCAGCUGGACCCCAGACCUGUAUUUUGCCAAGCACAAGGAGGCAGCCGAGUCCAUCCUCGUGCUGGACGACAUGUGCCAGCACGGUUACAAGGUGCCGGAGCUGACUGACGGCAUGACGUCGGCACAGACGCGCGCCGCUCUGGUGACGGUGGCCAACUUCCACGCUGCCACGGUGGCCCUGCAGCACAAGGAAGGCAAGAACCUGCAGGAGGAGUUCCCUUACCUGCUGUCAGUGGACCAGUCGGUGGAGUCCUUCAACUGUCUGGUGGAGCGUGGGUUGCCUCUCCUGCUCAAGUUCCUGGAGUCCCGCAAGGACCAGGCACAGGUGCGGGAGGGCCUCACCCGCUACUCCGGCCCGCGGGCUGCCCAGGUGCUGCGAGAGGUGCUGGCCCCCUCAGACAAGCUCAACACGCUGGUACACUGUGACUUCUGGUGCAACAACCUGCUCUUCAAGGAGGUAGAGGACGCCGCCGCGCGCUGCUGCAUCAUCGACUGGCAAAUGGUGAUGUACGGGCGGCCGGCCAUCGACGUGGCCCUGCUCCUCACCACCUCCCUAGAGCCGGCCGAGAGGCGGAAGCACGGCUCGGAGCUGCUGGCCGCCUACUGGGACGCCUUCAUGGCCCGGCUGUCCAAGUUUGGCAUCGAGAGCAAGGCACUCAAGUACACCAAGCAGGACCUGGAGGCAGACUUCCGCGCCGCGCAGGCCAUGGCUGCUCUGGUUGUGGUGGGCAGUGUGGACAUCGCUCUCGGCACGCCGGGCAGGGAGGAGCGCGUGCUCAACCUGCUGGCAGACCUCCUGGAGCAGGGCGUGUUAUGAGGUGUGCAAGACAAGUGUGUUUUGAGACUGUGUGUGUGUGUGUGUGUGUGUGUGUGUGUGUGUGUGUGUGUGUGUGUGUGUGUGUGUGUGUGUGUGUGUGUGUGUGUGUGUGUGUGUGUGUUUACAAGUGUCUCUGUUUUGGUCAGCUCAUAUGGAAGCACCAUUUGCAGUUGAUUACAUCACAAAUACAGUACUACCUAAUUUCUGAGUAAUUGCUGCUCUUCUUGAGUUGACACCAGUAGUUCUUCCUUCCUUCCUUCCUUCCUUCCUUUCGCUAUGCACAAUUGUUUUGUCAGCCACUUAACUUAGAAUAUACAUCUUAUGCAUGCACGUCUAUUCUUUCUCUCACUUAGUUGUGGGAAGGUCUGACUCUGAUGUGAGGGUGUAAGUGGCAGGGUAGGGCGCAGGAAGCAACAGAGGGGCUCUAGUGUGUGCUGAGUUGUGCUGACCUACAGGGGGAACAAUCACUUUCUUCCUUUUAGCACAGCAAUGUUAUACCAGUUAGUGAGAUGGUUGUGUGCUGUCAAGAGAACAGUGAAUGAGAGAGUAAGAUGACUGGGUGCUUUUACAUUGAGAUUGGAGAAGAGAGCAGGUUGACAGACACCUGAGUGAGUGAGGUGGGAGUGUGCAGGAGAGGAUAAGCUGACCAGACCAGGAUGAGUUGGAUGCCUCACCCGUCCCCACGCCAUGCGGCAACAUUAACACGCCUCACUCACUGCACCACGCCAUUGCUUCGUCAGGAGUGUUCAUGGGUAAUUGGUGACAAUGCCUGUAUGGGAAAAAGAGCCCGUGCAGUGUAAAUGGUAAUGAAGAUCGGUGUGUUUUCCGUCGGCAUAGUUUUGUAACCGACGCGGACGCAGCCAGCAGUGGUGGUUGCUACUUUUUGCUUUUUACAGAUACAGUCAGCUCUUGUUUGGUGUCAUGAAUGAUGUACUCGUUUCAUUGUCCAUGUGUUGCAGUGUCUGGCAUAAUGGUUCAUAUAUUGUUAUUGGUGUAGUAUUCGCAGCAAAUGUAGUUGUUAUGUUUCUUUUCAUUGUGACCAUUUGUGUUGAUGGUAACAUUUGUAGCAAGUUGCCCUUGACUCAGUCUGUUCCACAAUUAAUGACUCAUCUUUAUUAUCAUUUUGUUGUGGUGGUGCAGUACCUCCCUGUGUAAGUCACAUACAGUAUCUGGUGACCUCCAGUGUACUGGCGUGCAUGUACGUACUGUAACAAGUAUAUCACAUCCACCCAUCUG